UUCACAGCAACCACAAUCUGUAAACUGCAAAUAGCUAAAUGAGAGAGCAGCAGUGUGAUUCACAUCAAUACGCUACGUCAAUAUCAAUAAUAAGUGAUAUCCGUAUCGCCGUAGACUACACCACUACUGUCAUCCUUACCUCCAAGCGUUUAUUCAAGUUGGAUAAUCUUUAGAUGCCGACAACAGUCGCACCAUUGGAAGACAUAGCUUGGACUGUAGCCUACAAAAAGCCUAUUCCUGCUCUUUUUCCGCAAUCGAUCAAACACAUUUGGUGAGUCAUCAUAGUGGUCUCUGACUUGUGGUCAGACUCGCUCAGGUGGAACAAACUUAAACUUGCGCCUUUUUUCAACUUUGAUUUGAAUGUCAGUGAGAAAACAGAGAAGUGUCAAAGAUUGUUUCGCAAACAUUUCUGAAUUGAAUCGCAAUCCUUGAAGUAAUCAUCUAGUUUUUCAAAAGUAUCGGUAAUCUGAUUACAAUAUUUUAGCUGGUAACGUAACGGAUUACAGUUACUGUUCUUUUGUAAAGGAUGACGUCAAAUCAGUUCCUGGUCUUUACGUCAGGGUUGUAGGUAAGUCUUUACAUCAGGGUUAUAGGUCCAACUGCUCCUUUUAGUGCACAUACAUCAUAUGUCAUGUACAUCAGCUAUGAACUCGAUUGUAAACCCACAACCACAGUUCAUGAAAAGGGAGGAACAUUCAUGAACGGGAUGGACACUGCUCCUUGAGUCAGAUUUGUCACUGAGGUGUUCGUGCACUGGGUUGUCUUACACAGCUCUUGGACAAGAUAUCACCAUUUUAAGAGAGCCUCAUCAAAUGAACACAUCAAUCAAGAAGAGAUGAAGACAUUUUCUCCUUUGAACCUUUGCAAUUCCUUCUCACAGACAAUCUACAGAACUACAACAUUCAAGGAAUCAACAUAACUAUCACUCAGACCUUCAAAGAAUCAUUCAGUUGGAUAAACACGCCCACGUUCUGCCCACUCUGACUCUGGUCCCUGUCUCCAGGGCCACGUCUCGUCAGUCCUGCUACUCUGUCCUGGACCCACUGCUUCCUUGGAUUCCUCUCUGGACCUGCUUACCUAGUCCCAACUCCCCUCGCUCCAGCCUCAGCCUCCGAUCCUGGCUUCCUGCAACCCGCCCGAGCUUCCCCUGGCCUACACCCCAUCUUCCCCCUGUGCUUCAAUAAAUACCUUAGUUACCUCAUCCCAGUCUCCUCGUCUGAGUCUGCUCUUGGGUUCACCUACUCCGCUCCACGUUACAGUAGGAUUUGAAUAACAUCGCUGUGAAGAACAAGUAACCAUUGCCACUCAUCAGUUCUGCUUUUGCCACCCUCCAUGGUGCCACAGUGUUCACCAAGCUCAACCUCUGGAUGCCUACCAUCUGGUCUGCAUCAGAGAGGGGGACGAGUGGAAAACGACAUUCAACACACCACUUGGACACUUUAAGUACUUGAUCAUGCCUUUUGGUCUCACUAACGCCCCUGCUGUUUUCCAGAGCCUAGUCAACAAUGUACUGAGAGAUGUGAUUGGACACUUAAUUUUUGUCUAUGUGGAUGACAUUCAGAUUUUUUUCAAAGGACUCUGAGGCUCACCAGCAACACGUUCGCCAAGUUCUCCAAUGGCUGUUGGAGAUUAAGCCUUUUGUUAAAGCUUCCUCUGUGUCUUUCCAGGGUUAUAUUAUUGCACAGGGACAGUUACAUAUGGAUCCCGACAAGGUCAGGGCAGUCACAGAGUGGCCUGCGCCCUCAAACCUGAAGCAGCUACAGCGUUUCCUGGGGUUUGCACAUUUUUACACAUGUUUCAUCCGCAACUACAGCUGUCUGGCAGCACCACUCUCACCUCCACCUCCACUCCGUUCCACUGCACCCCUGAAGCAGAGGCAGCGUUCCUGGAACUCAAGCGUUGCUUCACUUCCGCUCCAGUCCUCACUCAGCCAGACCCAGAACUCAAGUUCAUCGUGGAUAUGGAUGCCUCCGACACCGUGGUCAGUGCUGUUCUGUCCCAACGUUCCCCCUCUAAUCAGAAGCUCCACCCAUGUGCAUUCUUUUACCAUAAGCGCUCACCUGCAGAGAGACAUUUUUACAUUGGUAACCGGGAACUCCUGGCAGUGAAGCUAGCUCUUGAAGAAUGGCGUCACUGGCUGGAGGGUUCUAUUCUCCUCUUCAUCGUUUGGAUGGACUACAAAAACCUGUCCUACAUCCAGACCACCAAGCGUCUGAAUUCCCGGCAAGCCAGGUGGGCAUUGUUCUUCGGGAGAUUCUACUUCACACUCACUUAUCGCCCCGAUCCUAGGAAUACCAAGCCUGACGCCCUCUCCAGCCAGUUCACUGUCGACAACACUGGUUCCGAGCCAGAAGCCAUUGUGCCUGCAUCGUUGCCGCCAUCUCCUGGGAGAUCGAGUCCAGGCUCAGCAAAACCAGCCUGACUCUGGUAACGGUCCUAGAAAUGGUCUGUUUGUUCUAGAUUCAGUUCACUCUGAUGUUCUUCAGUGGGCCCAUUCUACUUACCUCACCUGUCACCCAGGUAUGAAUCGGACCCUCGUCUUCCUGUGGCAGCACUUUUGGUGGUCCACCUUGGAGAGAGAUGUCUGGGAGUUUGUCUCAGCCUGCUCGGUCUGUGCCCGGAACAAGACCUCCACUAAACCCACGUCUGCUUUGCCCUCUUCCGAUACCCAGUCGCCCCUGGUCACACAUAGCUCUGAACUUCGUCACUGGUCUUCCCCCAGCCAACAGUUACUCAGUCAUCCUCACCAUAAUUGACAGAUUUUCCAAAGUGGCUCACUUCAUUCCCCUGUCCAAGCUUCCGUCCUCCAGGGAGACUGUGGACCUGCUGGUGUUCCAUGUGUUUCAUCUGCAUGGCCUUCCUACUGACAUCGUUUCUGACAGGGGACCCCAGAUCACAUCCCGAGUAUGGAGAUCCUUCUGUUCAGCACUGGGAAUCAAUGUCAGUCUUUCAUCUGGAUAUCACCCUCAGACCAAUGGCCAGACUGAACUGGCCAACCAGGAGAUGGAGACUGCCCUAUGCUGCAUGACUUCUGCUAACCCUUCCUCCUGGAGUGUUCAGCUACCCUGGGUGGAAUAUGACCACAAAUCCCUCACCAACGCCUCAUCAGGUAUGUCACCCUUCGAGUGUGCUCUGGAUUAUCAACCUCCCUUAUUCCCCGCCCAAGAGGUCGAGGUGGCGGUUCCCUCAGUCCAUGACCAUAUGCGCCGUUGUCAUCGCACCUGGAGGAAGGCCCGGGCUACCCUUCUUUGUGCCUCUGCCAGGACCCAGUCCCAAGCUAACUGUCGCCUUGCCUCAGCCCCAGUCUACACUCCAGGCCAGAAGCAGCUCCUCCACCCCCUCAGCUCCUCCACCCCCUAUUCCGUCCGGCAGCUUCUGGACGUGCGCCGUCGGGACCGUGGCUGGCAGUACCUGGUGGACUGGGAGGGAUACGGGCCUGAGGAGCGCUGCUGGGUUUCCCACCAUCAUAUUCUGGACCCCUCCCUCUUACAUGCUUUCUAUACCUCACACUCAGAUAAGCCUGGUCGGGUGCCAAGUGGCGGGGGGUACUGUCACAUCUGCGCCUGCCAGCCCCCUCUAUUGCUCAUCCUGUGUCUCCCUAACCUGCCGCCACUCCCCCAGUGCUCUCUCCUGUGUGUGUGUGUGUGUGACAGAGCAACCUGUUCCAUAAUCAAGACCUCUACAAAUACUCAGCCCUGCCACUUCCAUGCUGCCAGAUCAUAAUCUCUGCUCAGUCAGUCUGUGUUUUUUAGCCAUUAGUUCCUGCUUAGAUCCUGUUUUUGUGUUAUGCCUGUUUUCCCUUGCCUGACGCUGUUUUCCUCUCCGCUACAGUUCUGCCCACUCUGGUCCCUGUCUCCGGGGCCACGUCUCGUCAGUCCUGCUACUCUGUACUGGCUCCAGAGUUCCUCUGUGGAGAUUGGAGAACCUUCCAGAAGGACAACCAUCUCUGCAGCACUCCACCAGUCAGACCUUUCUGGUAGAGUGGCCAAACAGAAGCCACUCCUCAGUUAA